AUGGAGUUUAACUACUCCUUUUUGACUGCUUAUAGCCAUUUGAGGUUGGUUGUGAAGAGGGUUGAUCCAGCUUUAAAAGAAAAAUUAAAACAGAACACUGUGACGCUGGAAUCUGAAUAUGAGAAGCUGGAAAAGUCUGACUUGGAUAACUGGGAGAACAUCAGAGGACCCAGUCUGUGGGAAGAUUCCAGGACUGUUCAGAAGCAACGGCGGGAGGCUGUCCGUCUCCGGACAGAGUGA